GAUAGAUGCGCUGGAUAUUAGACGGUGACACGGAGUGUCGGGUGAAUUCCCAUUUGAAGGAAGGUCAGAUUGGAAUAGAAGAUACCAAUUUGGGAAUUAGGAGUACCUCCACCAUGGUAGAAUUAAUCGCGUUUCCCUUUUAGCUAGAGCGUUGAAUACACUUGUAGCGGCAUUUGUAAAUUGAGCGUUUUAGGAGAGAGAGAGAGAGAGAGAGAGUAAUUAGUGUGUGUGUGGAAGACAAGAGAGCGGUGAAAGCGAGUGCGAGUGAGGGAGGGAGAAGAGAGGUGGGGAAAUACAUGGAAAGAAGCAUGUUUAGGGAGUAAGGAAUAAGAACGUGACCAAGCUUCCUUUCUCUUCUCUUCGUUUAUGUGUUCUCAGCUCAAACAAUAUUCUCUGUGAUCUCUGCACAGCGCCACGUUCAGACCUUUCACUAGUUUCUCACCCGUCCUUUAUCCUUUCUUCUUUCCUCGAUCUGGGAAAUGGAGGACGAGAAGAAGGCGUCGGCGGUGUCUGAUAUGGGAGCGUGGGCUAUGAACGUAAUCAGUUCCGUCGGCAUUAUCAUGGCCAACAAGCAGCUCAUGUCCCCCAGCGGUUACGCCUUCAGCUUUGCAACAACUUUAACUGGGUUCCACUUUGCGGUGACUGCAUUAGUUGGUUUCGUGUCAAAUGUAUCUGGGUACUCUGCGUCAAAACAUGUACCUCUGUGGGAGCUUCUUUGGUUCUCAGUGGUUGCCAAUAUGUCAAUUACCGGGAUGAAUCUCAGUCUAAUGCUAAAUUCUGUGGGGUUUUAUCAGAUUUCAAAGCUAAGCAUGAUUCCGGUUGUUUGUGUGAUGGAGUGGAUCCUUCAUAGUAAACAUUACUCAAGGGAGGUAAAGAUGGCUGUGGUAGUAGUGGUUGUUGGUGUGGGUGUCUGUACUGUAACAGAUGUUAAAGUAAAUGCCAAGGGUUUCUUAUGUGCCUGCAUAGCAGUUCUUUCUACAUCAUUGCAGCAAAUUACAAUUGGUUCGUUGCAGAAGAAGUAUUCAAUCGGUUCAUUUGAAUUGCUGAGCAAGACAGCCCCAAUACAGGCCCUCUCUCUUCUAUUACUUGGCCCUUUUAUUGAUUACUAUCUCAAUGGCCAAUUCAUAGCAAACUAUAAGGUGUCUUCUGGUGCAAUUUUCUUCAUACUGCUCUCGUGCUCCUUAGCUGUAUUCUGCAAUGUGAGUCAGUACCUCUGCAUCGGACGCUUCUCAGCCGUCUCUUUCCAGGUGUUAGGUCACAUGAAAACUGUCUGCGUCCUCACGUUGGGGUGGUUGCUCUUUGACUCAGAGCUGACACUUAAGAACAUACUUGGGAUGGCUCUUGCAGUCCUUGGAAUGGUAGUCUACAGUUGGGCAGUGGAGGUUGAGAAACAGGCUAAUCCCAACGUCAUACCCCAUUUGAAAGCGAAAGAGAGUUUGACAGAAGAAGAUAUUAGACUGCUAAAGGAUGGAGUGGAGAACAUUCGUUUGAAGGAUGUUGAGCUUGGCGAAUCCAAAAAUUAGGUGACAUCAUUUCUUCAUGUAUGGGCUUUUGGGUCAUUUAGGGUGCAUCAUGAUAAGAUGGAUGAGCUCAUCCCCUCUGGGACAAUGCGCUUUAAGUCCUACAAAGAGACCCCCUAUCCAUCUUACUUUUUCUGUUUGCAAGGAGAUCAAGAUGGUGAUGGUAAAACCAUGAUGAGGGUUGGGAAGAUGUAAUCAUUAGUCUUUUAAUCAAACAUAUGUUGUUCACAGUUUAUACAGUCUUUCUUUACUUGGCAAAUGAUUUUCUAGCCGAGUGGGAGAGCUUUAUGACUAUUUUAUAUUUGGAAUA